CUCUCAACGUCGCAAGUUAACGGAGUCGGCCAAAAAUUUCUGGACGGCGUCAAUCCUCGGUCUUGUAAAAACCUGACCCGCCCUGCUAACACUUACGAACCUACUAGCCUCGGGUCCCCACCGAACCAAUCGACGGUCCAGAUAAGUUUUCUGGAUUUCAACGGCUAAGAUCUGAAUCCGUGCCCGAAAAACGCCAGGCGCCUUUCGUUUCGCCAAGUAUAUAGCGAGAGAAAGAUUCAGAGGUAAGGAAAGGAGAAGAAAAGGAAAGAAGAAGAGAAAGUUUCCAUUCACGUCUGCUGCGUGUUCUCCGCUCUCCUUUACCUGCUGCUUCGGGAGAGUUCUUAGGGUUUUUGAAGGGUUUUUUGGCAGCAAUCAAUCGCCAUGGCUGAGCAUCACGAGAAGAAGGAGGAGUCACUGAUGGAGAAGAUAGCGGACAAGAUCCACGGAGGCGAUGAUUCGUCCUCGUCGUCGUCCGACUCCGAUCACGACGACCAUCCCAAGAAGUCGUCCUCGCUGUCUUCUCCGUCGUCGAUGAAGUCCAAAAUCAAUCGUCUCUUUGGCCGCGAGAAGCCGGUUCACAAGGUUCUCGGUGGUGGCAAACCUGCGGAUGUUUUCCUGUGGAGGAACAAGAAGAUCUCCGGUGGAGUGCUUGGUGGCGCAACUGCUGCGUGGGUGCUCUUUGAAUUGCUCGAGUACCACCUUCUUACGCUGGUUUGCCAUGCCUUGAUCCUUGCACUGGCUGUUUUGUUUCUGUGGUCCAAUGCCUCCGCCUUUAUUAACAAGACCCCUCCACGCAUUCCACAAGUUCACAUCCCUGAAGACCCAGUUCUGCAAGUUGCUGCUGCGCUUAGGAACGAGAUCAAUUGUGGGUUGGCUACUCUUCGUGAAAUUGCAUCUGGAAGGGAUCUGAAGAAGUUCCUUGCUAUAAUUGCUGGCUUGUGGGUCUUGUCUAUCGUGGGGAGCUGCUGCAACUUCUUGACUUUGUUCUACAUAGUUUUCGUGCUGCUCCACACAGUCCCAGUGUUCUAUGAGAAGUAUGAAGACAAGGUGGAUGACGUCGGUGAGAAGGCAUGGAUCGAGAUCAAGAAACAGUGGGCAGUGUUUGACGCGAAGGUGCUAAGUAAGAUCCCCAAAGGCCCAUUGAAGGACAAGAAGAAGGCUUAGAUGAUUUGAGUGGGGCGGUUCUAAAGUUGUGUGCUUUGUUCCUUGGAGUUCUGAGUUACUGACACAAGAUUUGUUAGCCCGUAUUUUGUGAAGGGAGUUAUUUGUGGAAAACUCUGGUCGGUACUACUGCAUAGAUCAUCAUCCCCCUUGCUUAUUUCUUCCCCCCUCUGUUUGCCUUUUAGGUUGGUUGGUCUGUUGGGUUGUAGAAUGUGGAAUGAGAGAACGUGGGGAAGUAAUACUUCUGUUGCCUUAUACUUUUAUGCUUAAGCAGCUUGUAGUUUUAAUUGGUAAACCUCUUUGUCUAGGGAAAUUCUCUGCUUCUACAUUGGGGUUCUACUUUCUAAUGGUGCUUCGAUCAUUGUCAAAUCUGAAUUCACUUCAC